GGGGAACCGCAGGGCCUCAGUUGCCAGGAGGCUGGUAGUAUCUGUCAGCUGUUUGCACACUAUUUCCCCAUAGGGGAUCUAUUACAAGUGCUCAAAUGAACCGGCAGCUUAGAAACUAGCAGCUUCCUGGGAGCUGCAAUUAUAUAAGCAUAUACUUUGGAUAUACUGAUAAUUAAAAAACAAGUCGCAGCGGUAUGCCUGGAUCAGCUACAGCUCUCCGACAAGAGAGACUGAAGAAGACCCAUGCAAGGCCAGUCCCCCUUGGUUUAUUCACCAUUAAUGAGGAAGAUGAGCAGCAGAAGAAUGGACAUUCCAGAAGACCAAAAGCACCUGAUGGCAACAAAGUACAAGAUAAGAAAAUCGCUGCGUCCCACCGGCCUGCCACUUCUAUUUCAGGACAAAAUAGCAACCACUCAGGAAGUAAACCAGACCCGCCACCUGUGCUGCGUGUUGAUGACCGGCAGAGGCUCGCGAGGGAGCGGCGUGAGGAGCGGGAGAAGCAGCUAGCUGCUAGAGAAAUCGUCUGGUUAGAGAGAAAAGAGCGGGCCAGGCAACACUACGAGAAGCACCUGGAGGAGCGGAAGAAGAAGCUAGAAGAGCAGAGGCUGAAGGAGGAACGGAGGAGGGCUGCCGUGGAGGAGAAGCGACGGCAGAGGCUCGAGGAGGACAAGGAACGUCAUGAAGCUGUUGUGCGACGUACAAUGGAGAGGAGCCAGAAGCCAAAACAGAAACAAAACCGGUGGUCAUGGGGAGGUGUUCUCCAUGGGAGCCCAAGCAUCCACAACACAGGUGGUUUUGUUGAAUCAUCAUUCACCUUUCUCGAUUUAGCAGGCCUGGACCACCACUUCACAACUUUUGGUGGUACUAGAAAACCUGAUCCAGACAGGCGGUCAGUUUCCACCAUGAAUCUUUCGAAACAUGUUGAUCCCGUCAUUAGCAAGCGGCUCUCCUCUUCAUCUGCAACUUUACUAAAUUCUCCAGAUAGAGCUCGCCGCCUGCAGCUCAGCCCGUGGGAGAGCAGCGUGGUUAACAGACUGCUGACGCCCACACAUGCGUUCCUGGCCAGAAGUAAAAGCACAGCGGCCUUGUCUGGAGAUUCAGUUAUCCCCAUUUGUCCUCGUUCAGCAUCUUGCAGCCCCAUCAACAUCACGCCCUACAGAGCUGCACACUCUAGAAAUCCACUGGAGCGACCAAAAUUCUUUGUAACACCACCCGAGGGCUGCGCGCGGAGGAGGACUGUUCACGGCACAGCGGGCUAUAAAAGAGAGAAGGAGAGAGAAAAUGUGCCCUUCCACCUCACAUCCGGCAGCCAAAGGUCUCUGUCUCCAUCUCAUCCCAAAGCCAGAUCACCAGCUUCCUCCCGACUUUGGCUCCCAUCCAAGUCUUUUCCCCAUCUGCCUGGCACCCCCAGACCAGCACCCUCCACACCUCCUGGACCAGUCAAAGCUGCCCCUGCUCAGCUCCGGCCCCCCUCCCCCGGCAACAUCCGCCCUGUCAAGAGAGAAGUCAGAGUGGAAUCUGAGAGAAAAGACCCUGAGAAGGAGCCUCAGAAAGUUACCAGUGAGCCCUCACUAAAGGGCAGAACACCUUUGGUGAAAGUAGAAGAGUCCACAGUUGAAGAGGGGACACCAGACGAAACCGAGUCUGCCCCUGCUGCUCCAGCGGCAGCCUCAGCCCCAGCUCCGGCCCCAGGCUCUACCCCAGCCCCGACACCAGCCCCGUCACCCACCCUGACUGCCGGUGCUUCUCCAAAGACCUCUGCGGGCACCACCGACCCAGAAGAGGCCACAAGGCUGCUGGCUGAGAAGAGGCGGCUGGCCCGAGAGCAGAGAGAGAAGGAGGAGAGAGAGAAGAGGGAGAAGGAAGAACUCGAAAGACAAAAGCGAGAAGAAUUGGCCCAGAAGGUAGCUGAAGAGAGAAGCCGCCGAGAGGAGGAGGCCCGCCAGCUGGAAGCCGAGCUAGCCCGGGAGCGGGAAGAGCAGCUGCGGCGGCAGGAGGAGGAGCGGGCCCGGCGCGAGCAGGAGGAGAUGGAGCGCAUCCGGAAACAGAAGGAAGAAGAAGCUCGUGUUCGGGAAGAAGCCGAGAGGGUCCGGCAGGAGCGGGAGAAGCAUUUCCAGAGAGAAGAGCAAGAGCGCCUGGAGAGGAAGAAGCGACUUGAGGAGAUUAUGAAAAGAACCAGAAGAACAGAAGCUUCAGAUAAGAAAACUGUUGAUCAGAGAAAUGGAGAUAUAACCAAGGGAACUCCCACUGGAGGAACAGCAGUAUCUACACUUCCAAAUAUGACAAACUUUCCAGGAUCGGAGGAACCAGAGGCCGGCACCCAUGUGGUUACCUCUCACCAAUCAAAAGUGACUGUGGACAGUACUCCCAGUUUAGAAAAACAACCAAGUGAAAAUGGAAUAUCAGUUCAGAAUGAAAAUUUUGAAGAAAUUAUAAACUUACCCAUUGGAUCUAAACCAUCCAGACUAGAUGUCACCAACAGUGAGAAUCCAGAUAUUCCUUUGAAUCCAAUUUUGGCCUUUGACGAUGAAGGGACACUUGGACCCCUGCCUCAGGUAGAUGGUGUUCAGACACAACAGACAGCAGAAGUUAUAUGAGCAUUUCUUCUGAAGAACCAAAGCAGAAAUUUAAAAAGAAUUUCUACAGUUAAUGGAAUUCCUUCCAUGCUGCAAAGGAGCAUCUUCCCUUCCUCCAGUUUUCUAAAGAUUUCUUGACCAUCAUUUUGAAAAGAUUUUAUUAAAACUAGCUAAAGACAACAGACUGAAAAGCUUUUCUAAUAAUUUUCGCCAGUAGAGAAAAAAAAAAUGCUCCUUGUUCUUCAGUACUUUAAAAUGGCUUUUUCCAGUGUGCUCCUUCUUAGGAAAUCAAUAUUUUUCUGCAUUCUUUAAAAGAUGAGACCAUUUGGCUAUCAAAAAUAGGCUGAGUAGGCAUGAUUUUUCACAUAGAUAUUUUGGUCUUUAAAUGCUAACAUAUAAAAUUCACACAGAAAUUUUUACCUUUUACAAUAUAAUACUUGAAAAUAUAAGUACCUCUUGGUUCCACAGUAGAGUCAAUAGGAGAGGUGUUUAAAUUAAGCCUGUUUGUUAAAAUAUUAUUGCAAAGAGCUCUAUUUGUAGAGGCAGAUUACCAGGUUCCUGUAAAUGCAACUUGUACAUGGACAUUCUGCAAACCCCGCUGUCCCAUUCUUCUUGCAUCUUUUUGCUAAAGCGUACUCAAGUUUUAAAAUGUGAAAAAAUUAUUUUUUCUAGAGCAAGAAAAUAAUUUACUGUCCUCUUAAAUAAUGUAUUUAUAAAGUUUUUUCAGAGAAACUAAUCAAAUAAAUUAGAACAAUGUGAUAACAUUGCAGAUUUGAUUUAUGAGAUGCAUUCCUUAUAUUACCGUGAGAGAAUGUUGCUGAUAAUUCAGGGCUAUUUCUGAAGUCUGUUUAUUGCUGCUGUCCCCAGUGAUGGUGGGACUUAUCUUUGCCUUACCGGAUCUCAAAUUAUGUGCGAGGGAAUAAAGAUUUACUAUUUCUUUAAAUUAAAAAAAAAAAAAAAGAAUUUGGUUUUGCUCGUUUAAGAGCAAUGAAAAAAAUGAUGGAAUGUUGACUGUGUUUGGCACCCAGGACACUGCAGGACACCUUCGUGAAGGUCCUUGUUCCGGGUGACAUCCAUCAGCUUUCACCCUUCACUUCCGCUGCUGAGCUUGGCUGUACAAACUUGCACUUUCAUUUGAUGAUAUAAAUUCAAUUUUAUUUUACCAUUUGGGAGACUGUUAGUAACUAAAUACUGAAGGAGAGAGAACAUUGCGGAAACACAUGUUUUAUUAUGGAGUAUUUUUAAAAAAUGAUAAACUUCUGCCACUAGAGUGUUUUUUUAUUAAAAGAGGGGUUGGUUAAUUAGAUUGAAUGAGGGGCUGUUCAUUUAUUGGAUUGUUUCCUUAAAAUCCCAACAUACCAUCUUUAGUAACAGCUGUAAUUUGUUAAAACAUUAAUUUGGGGGUUUUCCCUGUUCUCAGUUGUCCAUGUACACAUAGUCAUAUUAAAAGAAAAUCUGUUCCAACUGGG